AUGGCGGCAGACCGACCCAAGCGGGCGAGAGCUGGAGCAUGUAAGAAUUGCCGAGUACGCAAGAGACGAUGCGUUCCUAGUGAUACCGGGGAUGAAUGUGUACUCUGCCAAUCGCUGUCUAUUCCGUGUAGUUUGAGCCAAAACUACACGGAGCCCGAAGGUCCAGUCUUGAAAAGGGACUUUCAGGGCACACCGAGACAGCUAACGGAACGCGACAAGCCAUUGAAUGGUGCUUCGCUGUCCUCUUUUCCUGCUGCUGCUGCUGCUACCGCGGCUCCUUCGUCAUUUGUCUUUCCGUCGAAUCAUGCAUUGCGACCUCCUGUUAAGCCUCAGAGGUCGCCUUUGGUGAUAACUCCGGCAGUGCUGCUGGAGCUUGUAUCUCUUUAUUUUCGUUUCGUUCAUAAUGUUGCGCAUACUUUGUUUCAUGAGGCUAGCUUUAUCCGUCGCUUUAAUGAAGGGAGGGCAUCCUUGCUACACGUACACGCGAUGUGUGCGCUUUCUGCCAGGUACUCCCAAAAUCUAGUCUUCAAUGGCACUCCGCCUGGUUCGCGUGGGCAGGUCUAUGCUGCGGAAGCCACGCGACUACUCCAGGGGUAUCUGGCAUCCCCUAGCUUAGAGAGCACCCAGGCAUGUGUUCUGAUUGGCCACUUUAUGGGAGGUGAAGGCGACGUUAAAGCGAAGCACACCUACUUCGGACUCGCCAAACUCCAUGCAGAAAAUUUGUCGCUGUGGGCGAUGCCACACAACUUGACCGUCGUCCAUCGCGAGGAACGCCGCCGGACAUGGCUCUCUGUUCGGAUAGCUGAUCACUGGACCGCAGUCGACACAUCCGUUGAGCCUGCGCCUUUUCUCCUCAACGGACGGGACGUCCUUCCCGCUGUUGACGACAUUGCAUUCCAUACGUUUGACCCGGAGCUCCUUCGAGAGGAUCGUGCAUCGUGCAACAUGUGGGCGCAUAUGGCAGGCACCCUUGACAUCUUUGCGCGCAUUAGCAUUCUACUCGCGCGUCUCAGUCGGAGCGUGAUCUCUUUCGAUACAUAUUGCCGCGAGGUACCGCUUCUAACGCAGCGCUUGGAGAAAUGGGCCGAUGGAUUACCGGAGGAGCUGAAGUACAACAUUUCCAACCUCACAUCAUUCGCCAACAAGGGCCUCGGACGGACGUUUCUCUCUAUGCAUAUUGGAUAUUACCAUUUCCAGCAAAUUCUCUACUUUCCCUUUCUGGAUGCUCGCGCGAACAGGAGCACCUCAAUUCCUAUGGACGGUGCUGCGCAGUGCAAGAGUAGCGCUGCCAUGGUCUCUGAGAUUGUGCAGUAUGCCAUGAGGUUUCAGAACUGUGAGCUUGAUUACUUUAUUUACGGUUACAUCGCAGUGGUCAGCUCAUGCGUGCACUUGCAUACUUUGUUGCUGAGUGAGGAUCCGUCGGAGCUGUGGACGGCGCGGCAACGGCUGGUAUCUAAUUUCGAAUAUCUGAUGAGUUUGAAGAUUCUUUGGCCUAUGGUGAACCUUUCGGUGGCGCGCCUCAGGAUUUUCGAAGACUUCUGUCGCAACUCCAUGUCAGACCCCUUUGCGCUCGACAACUGGAUGGCCCGCUUCAUAACUGAGCACGCUUCUAUUUCUCCAGUGCGGAAACAGAGCACGCUCCCCAGUCUGGAGCCGGUAUUGGUGGACUCCGCUGCGCAAGGUGUACCGGGUCUCAAUAGCCACGCCUUAACCGGCACUGACGAAGCAGGUUCUACUGGAACGGAAUGGGGCAUCUUGUCCACUCUUCUCAGCGAUCGGAGUAUGACAAGCGAGGCUGUCGUGAAUAAUGCUUUGGAUUGGUUGUUGGAAUGA